AAAUGCUUCUCCAGCAGUGCAAUCGCAGAAGAUCCCACAAGGAUGCAUUUGCGUCUGUUGGUGCUGGUGGCAGGCUUGAUCUUGCAGAAGGAUCACACCAACGUUCCUGAGCACGAUGAUGACAUCAUCAUCACCAGCAUGAGGUUGCGCGAGGGGCAGUUGGAACAGGAAGGCGCCAACCUGGUGCCAGAAACAGAGACGGUAACCAAGGCCACGACAUCGAAGGACCACCGGGAGAGUCACUCCGUCCUGCAAGCAGGGGACCAGGAUUUGGGGCAGAUCAAGAGUUCGGAGCCACACCAGCCUGAGCUGCAGGUGGGCGAGUCGUCGCUGAAAGAGAACCGUUUCACGGAGGACGAGACAGAGAUGAAGACACCUGAGCCACCCCCCAAGGAAUAUCCCGACACAGAAGACGCAGUACAGUCAGAGAAUGAAGAGCCGUCAGGUGUCAGCGAGGAGCACUCCCCACAGCAGGAAGUUGUUACAGCACAUCAACAUCAUGCCCCUGAAGAACCAGAACCAGAGUCAAGAAUAGAACCAGAACCAGAGUCAAAGAAUAGAACACUGGCAGAGGGUGAGGUAGACGUGCCUGAAGCCAUUCUGUCUGAAAAUGAGGUGAGCCAUGAGGCAGAGGAAGAGGCACACCUGUCUCACUCUGAUCUUAGUGACCCUGACGUGUACUCGAAAGCAUCUGAUGACCAAGGUGCAUCUCGUAGUGGUGACAAAUGGUCAGAAACAGAGAAGCAACCAUCUCAGUUUGACCUUAGUGACCCUGGACGUACAGAGAAGCAACUAGAUAGCGAUGUGGGGAUAGGGUCACAGACAAAACCUAGACAAAGUCAAACCUCCACUGAUAGCACUAAUUACAUGUGGUAUCUCAACGUAUUCUCCGUCAUCGCCUUCCUCUACAGUUGCCUGAGGGGCAACUCACGGGACCAGGAAAUGCCCUAAGCGCCAAAAAACCAUGACCUCCAGGCCGCCCACCCCGUCUCGGCCGA